AUGUCGGCUCAUUCUCCUGCGAGACGCCGCGUUCGCGAACACCUCCAACCAGCCCACCAUCCAAGUCGCCUACACACCGCCUGCUGGGUGCGGCUUGUCCAGGCCUGGAAGCAGGUGGUUCUCAGCGUUGGCGUGCGAGUGAAGGGGAUACAACAAGGAAGAGUUCUGUCGAUCUUCUUCAAUGGAUUCGAGCUCUCUAGAUCUCUGUACGCCCUCUUUCUCCGGCAUCCACGCAUUGAAAUCAUUGUUGAUAAGACACCGAUUAGGAAACGGCAUGGGUUUCUUCCCAACGCCUCCCUUCCUCGCUCCUGUUUUCCUCAUUCAUCGGUGUGCAUUGCUGCGUCUCACCAACGUUCUCCCAUUUCUCCUCCCCUCGUCCCAACCGCCCUAUCAUCGCCUCUCAGAACCACGCCUGGUUCGGCCAAUGGCGUGCGCUUUGCGCUCGAGAGGGACCUCACCAAGUUUUCUAAAGUCCUACGCAGGAAAGGUCGAUUCUACAUCACCAUGGAAAACGCCUUAGAUGAAGUGAACACCGGUAUAUUUUAUGUAGAUCUCGAGGUAUCCUACUAUGGGGGACUGCUCUCCCCACACGUGCCUCACAGCCUGCUCCCUCUCUCCUCCUCCAAGACACGUGGCCGACCCCUUAUCCUCUCCGGGAAAGACGCCAAAGGAAUCCUGGGGACCAGUCAGCAGUCGCCAGGUGGCGGCUCGUACUUUAGCCUGGCGUCCGCUUCGGUCAUGGUGUCGAGUUUCCCCAGGAAUUUGGUCCGUGCUGAGCUGGAUCUGACGUUGACGGCGCAUGGUGAUGACAGGGCGUACUUCAGUAACAUGCUGGAGAGUUACCACUCCGCCCUUCCUGACUCUCUCAAGGCGAACUUCAUUCCUGGGAGCCCUUACCGCGAGAUAGUCAUCUACAUAGACGGACGAUUUGCAGGAUCCUUCUUCCCCUUCCCCGUGCUCUCUCCCUCCUCCCUCCGCCGCUCCCUCUGGACCCCCGUGGUGGGAAUCGGGUGCUUUGCAUUGGAGCCAUACUCGUUAGACGUGACCCCGUUUGUGGGAUUGCUUGCGGACGGGAAGAAGCAUAAUGUCACUGUAGCGGUUUCAGGGGUGCUGCCAGGAGGGGUGUGGCUGGCGAGUGGGGUGUUUCGCUUGUGGCUGGAUCCAAUUCUGCUGAAGACCACAGGGAAAAUCAACGUCUUUGAUGUUCCGGCACUACAGUACUACGAGCCGCCGCCCAACAUCUACACUGGCAUAGAUGGAACCCUGGAGGCCACUGCCAUGCGGCGUUACACCAUUGGUGGGCGAAUCCUCACCUCUCGUGGGGUGGUAACCAGCCUGGUGAAAGCCUACCAUGUGCUUCAGAGCCGCACAGAGGCGCUCGGGCAGCUGAAAUUCCUCAAGACAGAGUACAAUGUUGUCGCGAAUGUGACAACAAGGAGGGGUAGGCCGAGUGGAAUGCUGAUUGCAAAGGACACGGUGACGCAUCAUUUCCCAUUGACCAUCACCCAAACGGUGUUUUCAGAUCAAGAUGGAGGCACGUCCUUCAAGCUCUCCCUCUCCCACAGCUUCCAGCAGCAGCACCUUCACAAAGACGGCAACAGCCUCACAAAAUCCACCCAAGAAUCGCUCUCCAACUCCCAGGCAUGCAACCUGCUUGAGUAUGGGAUCAGCACUGAUAGCACCGCUACCGGUACAUCCAGCCCGCUAACUAGCAGCGGGCUGAGUGCCACUAACAACACUGGCACUAUAGCAAAACCUGCUGCAAACGGUUCAGAAGCUGGUGAUAGUGCUGACGCCACUGGUAUGGUGGUAGGGCCGUUCUCCACACCUGAUUUGGUCGUGGUGGGGGGGUCCCAGACCCUAAGCAUUCGAGGUAGCAACAAAAAGGCUUGCUUCUGGCGGAAUGUAGAGACAGGGGGGCUGCAAGUGCUCUCGGACGGAUCUGAGCACAAGUGCUAG